UCCUUUCACCCCAAGCUUUUCUGAUGUUUUCGACAAGUGUACAUCCCUCUCGACCUUGGAAGGUCCAAGGAAUGGGAGCCUGGCCAGUUGCUAGGGGAUCUUGACGAUUCUUUGCCAACCAACACCAUGAUCGUCUCCCGACCUGGAAAGCAUCGUGUCUGUCCCUGUGGAGCUGCAAUGUUUACUGUGACUUCAUGUCGUCACCGUAUCGGGGUUAGGGUCACUGACCAGGCCAGCAGUCACCUCCCCGCUUGCCCUUACUCAUCCCGCAACCACUGCCGCCAGCCGGCCCGGGCAUAUUCGCGUGAUACUUAAUGUUGCCAUCACCCAGCUUUCUUGCACCCGUUGAGAUCUUGUCCACCCAAACGAGCUGUCGAACCGUCUCAUCCUCUCCCCCCUCAAUUUCGCUUGUUGCUUAACUCCCUUGCACAACAUCCACUCAUCCCACCAUCAUGAUGUCGCUCCCCAAGACCAUGUCGGGAAUCCUCAUCGAGGAGACGGGCGGGGUCGAGGCCCUGCAAUGGAAGACCGAUCUGCCCGUACCAGAACUCAAGGAAGGCGAGAUCCUUGUGCGCAACGAGUUUGUUGGCGUCAAUUACAUUGACACCUACUUCCGCACCGGCCUCUACAGAGCCCCCCUCCCACUGGUAACAGGCAAAGAAGCAGCCGGCGUCAUCAUCGCCCUGCACCCCUCCGUCCCCUCAUCGGACCCAACCACCCCACUCAAAGAAGGCGUCCGCGUAGCCUACGUAGCAGACCACGCCUACGCAGAGUACACCGCGGUCCCGGCAACCUGCGCCUCCCCAAUCCCAGAGGGCCUGUCCACUGAGACGGCCGCGGCCUCCCUCCUCCAAGGCCUGACAGCACUGACCUUUGUGCGCGAAGCGGCCGGCUUGGCGCGCCCGCGCGGCACGACGCACCAGCUGGGCGUCAGCGAAGGGCCUUGGGCGCUCGUGCACGCUGCUGCGGGCGGCGCCGGGUCGAUGCUGGUGCAGAUGCUGGUCGUGCACGGGGCCAAGGUCAUUGGUACAGCGGGCGGGAAGGAGAAGUGCGAGAUUGCGAGGCGGAACGGGGCGCAAUGGGUGGUGGAUAGCAAGGCGGAGGAUGUGGUGGCGAGAGUGAAGGAGAUUACGGGGGGAAGAGGGGUGGAUGUGAUUUUUGAUGGCGUAGGCAAGGCGACGUUUGAGGCGGAUCUGGAGAUGGUUGCUAGGAAGGGAACGGUGGCAGUUUUCGGGAACGCGUCCGGGCCGGUCCCGCCGGUCGAUGUCUUGAGACUGGGGGCCAAGAACAUCAAGCUGAUGAGGCCCGUGUUGUUCUCGUACAUCGCCAUCAAGGAGGAGAGGGAUGCUUACACCAAGGAGCUCUUCGAGCUACUCCUUGCCGGCAAGGUGAACGUCAAAAUUCACCAUGUGUACCCGCUCAAAGAAGUCGGGUCUGCACACACUGAUUUGGAAGGGAGGAAGACAACGGGCAAGCUGCUGCUCAAGAUCUAAAGGAAGCUUGUCUUUUGUCUAUCAAUGAUUAAAAAGCCUGUAAUAAGUCCUGAAAAGGGAGCCUGCCAACCCCC